AUGUCGAAGAAAUCCACCGAAUCUGAACGGGUAAUCACCGUAGUACCGACGGCGGACGAUGUAGCAGCAGGUAUCGCUAGUGGCGUAGCAGUGGUAGCCACGACCGUCCUCGAUGGUGUAGUAUCCCUUCCCAGUAAAACGCAGGUAACCUCUAGCCUAGUUAAUGCUCAAUCGGUACAUCCAUCUCGUAGUACCGGAGCGAAUCAAAAAACGCAGAAGUUCGAUGCUGCCGGUAAAAUGCCAAUGUCAAUUCCGACCGUGUCCGACGCGAGACGAAAUCCGAUGCGCGUUGUUCGAAGGAAACAAGGUUUCCAUUGUCACUUGUGUAGUGAGCGUGAUAGUGAUCAUAUGGUGCAGUGUGAUGGUGAUGGUUGCAAGCAGUGGUUCCACUACGAAUGUGUGGAAGUUACGGAUGACAUCGCGAACGUUAGUUGGAUCUGUCCCCUAUGCAAUACCGCAAAGGAUUCAACACCAACAGCGAUUAAUCCCCCCACCAGUACCACCACAAACCAGAUGGUUUCCAACACGUCGAAUGAGCAGCAGCAAUGGCCAGUCGAGACAAAAAAUGAUACUGGUGCAAUUCGAACGAAGAGUAAGGCAAGUUCAGCUAGGAGUGAAGCAAGAAGGAUAAGGGAGUUAGAGUUGCAAAAGCUCAAUGAACAGUUCGAGCUGGAGAAGAAGUUUCUGGAGAGAAGGUUCGAGAUCCUGAAGGAUUACGGUAGCGAAACGUCAACGAUCGCCAGCGACUUGGAAAGGAUGUCGAAGAUCCAGGAAUGGGUAGAUGAAACCGAACGCCAUGGUGUGGAGAACGAUUCCGGUUUAGUAGAAGAGGAGAUUAACGGUCAUGCAUCGAACAUCUCGAGGAGGCCACAGGAAAACCAAAUUCCGAUUCUCGCUCAGCACAAUUACCAACCAUCGAUUCGUCCGGACCAACCAGGUCAGCCAUUGCAGCGUACAUAUACACAUCAUCCCAAUUCCACCGUAUUUCGGUCAUCAAACAUCCCUUCGAUGAAUCCAGGCACAUUGGCAGACGGCAACGAGUUUUUUCCUGGACAGCGUUCAACUCCAGUUCGUCGACCACCUCCUGCAGCGCAACCUGCGGUGACCUUCAACGACGAGACGGUGUGUAUCCUGAAUCGAAGUCAACUCGCGGCACGCCAAGCAGUUUCCAAGGAUUUACCAGAGUUCAACGGAAGUUCAGAAGACUGGCCACUUUUCUUUUCUAUAUUCAACUCCUCGACCCAAAUGUGUGGGUUCUCAAACGAAGAGAACAUGCUUCGAUUGCGAAAGUGCUUGAAGGGAAAGGCACUGGAGGCAGUGAGGUGUCGACUGCUCCAUCCAUCAAACGUAGUAGGAGUGAUGUCGACGUUGAAAAUGCUCUACGGAAGACCGGAGGCCAUUGUUCACGCAAUAAUCCGAAAGGUUCGUGCACUACCACUACCAAACAUGGAGAAGCUGGAGACAGUCGUAAACUUCGCGCUUAUGGUGGAGAAUCUUGUCGCCACGAUCCAGGUGUGUGAAGUUAGCGAUUUCGUGUAUAACUCAUCGCUAAGGUACGAGCUAGUGGAGAGGCUUCCGUCAACUCUCAAGAUGGACUGGGCCAAAUACUCUCGUGGAAGGCCGAAUCCAACCUUAAUCGAUUUCAGUGCGUGGCUGUACACGACGGCGGAGGAUGCCAGUGCAGUUAUGAUCAGCAACAGUAGCAGCGAGAAGCGAGGUCGAGAAAACAAAAAGGAUGGCUUUCUGAAUUUCCAUUCCGAGUCGGAAUCCACGAGAGCAGAUCUUGCCGAACCAUCGACCAAGACGAAACCUUCCGGUGCUGCAUCCAAGGAGCAGUGUGCAGUGUGCAAAGGAACGUGUCCGUCCGUAGCGAAGUGCAAGAGGUUCGAGGAGUUCAGCUACGAUUCCAAGUGGGCAACCGUGAAGGAGUGUAAGCUAUGCCGGAAAUGCCUGCGAAAGCAUAACGGAUCAUGUAAGCAGUCCAAACCGUGUGGAAAGAACGGAUGCGAGUUUCUUCAUCAUCCUCUGCUUCAUAACACGCAGAAACACGAAGCUCCGAGAUCGCCAACGCCGAUGGCAGCAACACCCAACAGCACCCAACCAGAGACGAGAAGGACGGAUCAUAGCUGCAACGUUCACCAAGGUCAAUCGGAGAUCUUGUUUAGAAUCGUUCCGGUUAUGCUGUAUGGGCCAACGAAGACGAUACGCACCUACGCGUUUGUAGAUGAUGGGUCUGAGCUCACACUAAUAGAACAGAGCCUGUCCGAUGAGUUGGGUGUGCAGGGACCGACGAAAUCCCUGUGCUUGAAGUGGACCGGCGGAACGCAGAAGAUGGAGAACCAGUCGCAGCAGAUCAACCUGCAAAUUUCCGGCGUGUACAGUUCGAAGAAGUACGAGCUGUCAGGUGUCUACACGAUGUCCUCUCUGCAAAUUCGUCCGCAAACGUUGCUGCUUGCGGAGAUCCAGAGGAAGUACCCGUAUUUGGCAGGGUUGCCACUCGAGUCGUACCACAACGUCAGUCCUCGUAUUCUCAUCGGUCUGGACCACGCUAGACUUGGCCAUGCCAUCAAGAGUCGGGAAGGUAAGGACCACGAGCCCAUAGCAGUGAAGACGCGCCUAGGGUGGAUGGUCUUUGGAAAUUGUGCCGGCAAGGAGGAAGCUACGCGGUAUGUGAACUACCAUAGCGUGCAAACGUGCGAGUGCAACCGAGAUCCGGACGAGGACCUACAUAAAAUUGUGAAAUCUCAUUUCUCGCUCGACAGCCUUGGAGUCGUAAAACCGGACAAGUUGCUAGUCUCGCAUCAGGAUCAACGGGCACAAAUGCUUCUAGAAACUCUCACUCGUCGUACAGCUGAUCGUUACGAAUCCGGCCUCCUUUGGAAGUACGAUAAUGUCCGACUUCCGGACAGUCAACCAAUGGCGCUGAAGCGGUGGAGAUGCUUGGAUAAUCGUAUGACGAAAGAUCCCGUGCUAGCCGAGGCGCUGAAGGCGAAGAUCGACGACCACGUAAGGAAAGGCUACGUAAGGAAGUUGACAGUGGAAGAGCUGCAAACACCACGAUCCCAAGUGUGGUACCUCCCAAUUUUCCCGGUCGUUAACCCGAAUAAGCCGAGCAAGAUGAGACUUGUGUGGGAUGCAGCAGCCACCGUCCAUGGAGUAUCGCUCAAUUCUGUCCUGCUCAAGGGCCCUGACCAGCUGACGUCUCUUCUUUCCGUGCUGGUACAAUUCCGAGAGUUUCGGGUGGCAGUUUCUGGUGACAUUCGUGAGAUGUUUCACCAGGUGAAGAUGCGAGAAAAUGACCAGCAUUGCCUACGUUUCUUCUGGAAGGACGACGACCAAGCGACGGAGCCGAGUGUCUACGUAGUGCAGGUGAUGACUUUCGGUGCUUGUUGCUCACCAAGUACUGCACAAUAUGUGAAAAAUAGUAACGCUAUGCAGUUCGAGCGGGAUCAUCCGGAAGCUGUCAAUGCAAUUGUCAAACGGCACUAUGUGGAUGAUAUGCUUGUGAGCGUGGAGUCCGCAGAGGAAGCAAUUCAGCUUGUACAGGACGUGAAAAGGAUUCACGCAUCGGCCGGUUUUGAGAUGCGGAACUGGAUAUCGAACUCGCGUAGCGUCUUGGCGGCGGUGAGUGAGGAAACGACGAAGGAGAAAAACCUCGACAUCGGCGAAGAAAGCAUCACCGAGAAAGUUCUUGGCAUGUGGUGGGAUACCUCAAAGGACUGCUUCACCUACAAGGUCUCCGCGCGAUACGAUGAGGAGCUCAUAUCAGGAAACCGUCGGCCAACCAAAAGGGAAGUUCUACGCACUCUAAUGAUGGUAUUCGAUCCAUUGGGACUCAUCGCGCACGUGUUAAUGUUCUUGAAGACGUUGCUCCAGGAGAUCUGGCGAACGCCGGUUGGUUGGGAUGACCCGAUCGAGGAUUCGCAGCACGACAAGUGGUUGGCAUGGUUAGCGAUCUUUCCGCAGAUAGCAAACGUUGAAAUACCACGCUGCUAUCGAGUGCAAACACCUGGUGGAUCAAGUACCGUAGUGCAAAUGCAUACAUUUGUUGAUGCAAGCGAGAACGGGUUUGCUGCGACGGUGUACCUACGAUUCGACAACGGCGAUACCGUCGAAUGCGCACUAGUUGGUGCCAAAACAAGAGUUGCGCCGCUCAAGUUUCUGUCGAUUCCUCGUUCCGAACUGCAAGCGGCAAUCAUCGGUGUGCGUUUUGCGGAUACCAUUUCGAAAUCACUCUCUAUCAACGUCAGCCAGCGAACGUUCUGGACAGACUCCAAGGAUGUACUCUGUUGGCUGCGUUCAGAUCACAGGCGGUACAGCCAGUUCGUGGCAUUCCGUGUCAGCGAAAUCCUCGAGACUACGGAUAUCAUCGAGUGGCGAUGGGUGCCGACGAAACACAACGUUGCUGACGAAGGAACGAAAUGGAAAAGAGCCCCCAACUUGUCAAGUGACAGCCACUGGUUCCGUGGACCGGAGUUCCUUCUCCUCAAAGAAGAAGAUUGGCCUGUGAAUCCGUUUCCUGGAAGAACUACCGAGGAGGAUUUACGACCGCAUCUGCUUCUGCACACUCAAUCUAGUGAUCCAGCAAUUCAUCCACCGGAUUUCUCGAGGUGGACCGACCUGCUACGCGUAACGGCCUACGUACUGCGUUAUAUCAACAACCUGAAACGUUGCUGCUACGGCCGACCGCGAGUGUCGGGACCGCUGAAAAGACAGGACUUUAUCGAUGCAGAAAAUCAUCUGUUUCGCCAGGCUCAAUCUACCACUUUCGCAGAAGAGGCAGCUAUCCUCAUGAAGAACCGUCUGUUGAAGGAUCCAGCAAAAACGGUUCCCAGAUCAAGCCUGCUCUACCAGUGGUGUGCCUUUCUGGAUGAAAAUGAUGUGCUGCGUGUCAAAGGUCGAACGAAGGCCUGUAUAUUUAUCGAUCGAGAUGCAGCCGAACCGGUGAUUCUUCCCCGGGAUCAUCCUGUUACUCGCCUCAUCAUCUCUGCAGUACACGAUAGAUUCAAUCAUCAAAACCACGAGACGGUGGUGAACGAGAUACUGCAACGCUACCGUAUUCCUCGCCUGAAAGCAGCGUACCAUCAGAUCCGGAAAGACUGUCAACAAUGUAAAAUCCUCCGCGCCAAGCCGCAGCCACCAGCAAUGGCUGACCUUCCUCCAGCUCGCCUGGCCGCCUUCACUCGUCCCUUCACUCACACGGGAGUGGACUACUUCGGUCCGAUGAUGGUAUCGGUUGGAAGACGUACCGAGAAACGGUGGGGGGUUCUCGCCACUUGCUUAACCACUCGCGCCAUCCAUCUGCAGAUCGCUCACUCACUGACCACCGAUUCCUGUGUAAUGGCCAUUCGGAACAUCAUGGCUAGAAGGGGUAUACCUGCUGCGAUCUAUAGCGACCGUGGGACCAAUUUCCGAGCUGCAAGUAAGGAGUUACAGAGUGCUACAGAAAAACUCGACCAUGAUGCGCUAGCGAAGGAGUUCACCUCCAGCCACACUGAGUGGUCUUUCAACCCUCCCGUCACGCCUCACAUGGGUGGAGCAUGGGAGCGUUUGAUUCGGAGUGUCAAGCAGAACCUCGGACGAAUGCAAACGAGCAGAAUCCCGACUCCCGAAGUACUGGAGAACACGUUGGUGGAGAUCGAGAAUAUUGUCAACUCCCGUCCUCUGACCAACGUACCAAGCGAUGGUGACAAUUUCCCGGUUUUGACGCCCAAUCACUUUCUCUUGGGAUCCACCAACGGCCUGAGAUCGUGGGCUCCUCUGGACGAUAGCCCUAUCCUGCUUAGGAACAGCUGGAAGCAGCCGCAGGUGAUAGUGGACGCGUUCUGGAAGCAGUGGGUUCAGGACUACCUGCCUACAAUUACCCGUAGGACUAAGUGGUUCACACCGGUGAAGCCGAUCACAGUUGGAGAUCUGGUAAUCAUUGUGGAUCCGAAGCUACCACGAAACUGCUGGCCAAAAGGCCGAGUGAUUGCCACGUGUCCGGCUCCAGAUGGUCAGGUAAGGUGGGCUACCGUGCAAACCGCAUCGGGGGGUAUCUACGAACGACCAGCGGUGUCUUUGGCUGUACUCGACGUAGGCGUUUGA